CAUCAAACCUCGCCAUAUCAUUUCAAAAUGUUGUGUGCAAUCUCUGGAGAGGCUCCCCAGCAGCCAGUUGCGUCGCGCAAGAGCGGCAACGUUUUCGAGAGGCGACUGAUCGAAUCAUACAUUUCCGAGAAUGGCACGGAUCCCGUGACUGGAGAGGACCUCACAGUGGAGGACUUGGUCGAGCUCAAGCAGGCCCGCGUCGUUCGCCCUAGACCCCCGACCUUGACUUCAAUCCCCGCCCUUCUUUCGACUUUCCAGAACGAGUGGGAUGCCCUUAUCCUCGAGACCUACCAGCUCAAGCAGCAGCUAGCCGAGACCCGUCAGGAGCUCAGUACCGCUCUUUACUACAGCGACUCCGCCGAGAAGGUUAUCGCACGUCUGCAGAAAGAAAGAGAUGAGGCCAGAGAUGCUUUGGCCAAGAUUUCCGUUACCUCGACCUCGAACGGCGCAAACGGAGAUGCUAUGCAGGUGGAUGGACAAGGCUUGCCCGAAGCCAUUGUCGCGAAGAUCGAGCAGACACAGGCAGAACUAUCAUCAACACGACGAAAGCGCCCGACUCCCGAAGGCUGGGCAACUCCCGACUCCCUGCAGAGCAUGCAGUCUACUCAGAACUCGGAACCACUAUACCCUGGAGGCCGCUCGAUUGCAGUCGAUGCAACUGGUGACCUUGCUCUUGUUGGAGGAAGCGACGGCGUGGUUGGUGUCUACUCGGUAUCACAAGGACAAGUCAUUCAGACAUUGAAGUGCGGUGGCGGCUCCGUUACAGAUGCCGUCUGGUCCGGCAACAAGCCCGUGAUCGCUCUCUCGACUGGUGCUGUCAAGGUGUUUGACAACGGAGCCGAGGCUGCCAGCUUCGACCGCCAUGCGGGCGCCGCCAACGCACUUGCCCUGCACCCUUGCGGAGACAUCCUUGCUUCGGUUGGUGUCGACAAGAGCUACGUUCUCUACGACUUGCAGUCACUCCAGCCCAUUACUCAGGUCUCUACCGAUUCUGAACUCACGACCGCCGCAUUCCACCCUGAUGGACAUCUUUUCGCCGCCGGAAGCAGCAAGGGAGCCAUCAAGCUUUUCGACGUCAAGACAUCCGAAAAUGUGGCCAACUUCGACUCGACUUUCGGACAAUCACCUCUUCAGACAGUAUCAUUCUCAGAGAACGGCACAUGGCUCGCAUCAGCCGUGCAAGGACAGACCAGUGUCAGCGUUUGGGAUCUGCGCAAGAUGGCAGAGAUCAAGACAAUCGACUUGGGCACGGCCGUCACUGGAGUUAGCUGGGAUUACACUGGACAGUACCUCGCAGCAUGCGGACAAGGCUUUGUUGCAGUUGAGCAUUACUCCAAGAGCGCAAAGAGCUGGUCAGAGCCGUUCAGAAAGGCAUUGAACGCAGUGGACGUCAAAUGGGGAUCCAAGGCGCAGAGCCUGGUCGCACUGGCGACAGACGGUAGCGUCAGUGUCUUGUCUUCUUAGGAAAAAAAGAAGUCGAAGCAGAUUCGAUGUCAAUAUGUUUCAAAAGCAAGUAAGAUCCAAAUAAGGAAAAAGAAAGAAUCUCAGACAAAACAUGAUACAUUGUGAUUGAAGUGGAGCCAAAGGGGAAGGUGAAGCGAAUGUUGAUGAGACGUGAAAGUCAGCAGCAGAGCAUGUGAGUGAUGUGUUGUAAGGUUGUAAGGGGAUUGGCAUGCGCCUGCUUUGGAUGGCGGCAAAAAGGCCAAACAAAGGCAGGGACAAUCGUCACCGGAACAGCGUUUCCCCACAGCAGCGGUACUUGACCAUCAACGUCAACCUUGGACGCCAUUUCUUUCACUCUUGUUUCCAGAAUCUACCGCUGUUGCUAGUGAUCCGUGAGA